CAACGCAAGCGCCCGCCGAGCCGAGCCGAGCCGUACCGCGCCUGUCGCACGCGCGCCCAUCCCCGUCCCCUGCGGCCGCCGCCGCUGCUCGGACUGGAGCGCUGACAUUACUGCAUUCGCGGGACUCAAGGAAGCCCGGAGCCGGGCCUUUAUUUCUUGUCUGCUGCGCUCAGCACCGCGGUUCUCAAAGCCAAACACCAGAGCACCUUAGAAGGUUUAGCUAAAAGAAUGCUCAUGUUUGACCCAGUCCCUGUUAAGCAAGAGGCCAUGGACCCUGUCUCGGUGUCAUACCCAUCUAAUUACAUGGAGCCUAUGAAGCCCAACAAGUACGGAGUCAUUUACUCCACACCAUUGCCGGACAAGUUCUUUCAGACUUCGGAAGGCCUCUCGCACGGAAUACAGAUGGAGCCAGUGGACCUCACGGUGAACAAGCGGAGUUCGCCACAUUCGGCCGGGAGCUCCCCGUCCUCGCUGAAAUUCCCGUCAUCGCACAGGCGAGCCUCCCCCGGGCUGAGCAUGCCCUCGUCGAGCCCACCGAUGAAGAAGUACUCGCCCCCUCCACCUGGGGUGCAGCCCUUUGGCGUGCCGCUCUCCAUGCCACCAGUCAUGGCUGCCGCCCUCUCCCGGCACGGAAUACGAAGCCCAGGGAUACUGCCGGUCAUACAGCCUGUCGUGGUGCAGCCCGUCCCAUUUAUGUACACCAGCCACCUCCAGCAGCCGCUCAUGGUCUCCUUGUCGGAGGAGAUGGAGAAUUCAAACAGUAGCAUGCAAGUACCAGUAAUUGAAUCGUAUGAGAAGCCUAUAUUACAGAAAAAAAUUAAAAUAGAACCUGGGAUUGAACCACAGAGAACAGAUUAUUAUCCUGAAGAAAUGUCACCCCCUUUAAUGAACUCAGUGUCCCCCCCGCAAGCGUUGUUGCAAGAGAAUCACCCUUCAGUCAUUGUACAGCCCGGGAAGAGACCUUUACCUGUGGAAUCUCCAGACACCCAAAGGAAACGGAGGAUACACAGAUGCGAUUAUGAUGGAUGCAACAAAGUCUACACUAAAAGCUCUCACUUGAAAGCACACAGAAGAACACAUACAGGAGAAAAACCCUACAAAUGUACAUGGGAAGGAUGCACAUGGAAGUUUGCUCGGUCUGAUGAACUAACAAGACAUUUCCGAAAACAUACUGGAAUCAAACCUUUCCAGUGUCCAGACUGUGACCGCAGCUUCUCCCGAUCUGACCAUCUUGCCCUACAUAGGAAACGCCACAUGCUAGUUUGAAGGCCACCGUCUCCCACCUCAGCACAACUCCCCACUCUCCUGGCUCUCUCUCGGUCCUCCCUCCCAUUAUCUAACUCAUUUUUUACAUGUACAUUUUAAUUUUGAUUCAGCUGGUCUGAGUCUCUGAAUUUGUAUCAUUCAAAACUUCCAUAUGGUCAGUAGUAGAGUUUCUCUAAUCUUUCCUUCUCCUUACCACGGGUCAGACCUAAAGAAUGUGAACACUUUUUUUUUUUUUCCUGGGGAUGCUAAGCAAACCCUUCUUAAAAAUACGUUUAAUGUACUGAGAACAAGGGAACUUGUAAACUAACAUAAACAAUUGUCGAUUUCUCCAUGUAUUCCUCAAAAGAAGUCAAAGUAAAUGUAUUAGAAUUAUAACAGUAUCCAGCCUGCUAGUCCUUGCCAGAGACAUUCAUUCCUACGUGCCCUGUGAUCGCAUUUUGUGCUCGACAGUGAAAACAGUGGUGGACCCUUUCCAACAUGCGGUUAGUUAGAAGUGCAGCAAGACAUCAAGCUAGUUCAGUCCAGUCUUCAUUGCCCUUCGCAGAUCUUGCUUGUCAGCCUGGAUUUAUCACUUCAUCUAGAUUAAGUCCUGUAAUCUCCUUCGUGCUCGUAGCUCAUGGAGGUGUUUGCCACCAUUUGGAGACAAGUCAGAGCUGCUGAUUUAGGUGGAUGAUGUGCCUGUUCAGCAUGGAGUGGGAGCAAAGGGGCAUUGCACAGGGGAGAUGCAGAGGGGGCAAAAGGAAGCCAGCAGUUCCUCCUGGGUUAGAGUUUGUCAGUGAGGUUUCAGCAUUUGGCUAGAUAUGCAGUGCAUUCCCAGAGCCUCAGUCUUUAUGGAUACUAAGCUGCCAGAUACCAGCGGGGUUAUCCAUGCAACCAUCUCCAUUCCUGCAAUGUCCAAAUACGGAUAAUCAAGCAUUGAUUGUAGGGACUACACAAGUAUUUACCCAUUAAUGGUAAAUAUAUUUUGGGUAAGAGUAUGGGUAGUCUUUAUUUUACCCACCCUGCUUAUGCUUUUGUGCAAACAGGGAAAUGUUGAGUGGUAAUUGUAUUCCCCUAUCAAAAUGAUCAUAUAGCUUUUAUACAGAUUCUCUUCUGUGAGAACUGUAAGGUGACAAAUUGACUCUCAAUUGUGAUUAUGAUGCAUAUCAAAUAAUCAUCUGCUAAUAGAUUCAUUCAAUUUAAGAUCAAGAGACACUCUUUGUAGAUACAACUAGUUAUGAAGCACACAAACCUUUAUUCUUGGGACAAAUUUCUGAAGAAGAUAGAAAACUACAGUUCAGGGAUUCAUAUAUAUUGCUUAAAAUUCCCAAAAGUUUACUUUUGGAGCUGGCAAUCUCCUAUCACUAACAAGUAUCCUGUCAGAAGAACAAACUGAAAAUGACUCGUGUUUAUGCUGAAGAUAAAUAGUACCAUUAUUCUGGGGAAGUUUUUCAAAAGCUGGCUUUUGAGUAUCAUAUUCUAAACGCCCAUAAAAAUAAUCCAUGCAUAGAGAUGCCAUUUGUCCUAAAUUGGAAGAAAGUGGACAACAGUGGUCAAAUGUGGGUGCAUAUAACCAAAUGUGCCUUCAUCCCUUGAUAAAGGAUGGAGUUGGAGAAGAGAGAAGAAUGGAAUCCUGAAGAUGCAUCCCAGCCACAACUCAGGAUCCAACACAACCUUGGCUGGGAGGAAGGUUGUUUAAUCCUUUUUUAAAAAAAAAAAAAAAAACAGUGAUUCUGGAGGCCUGUGACUUGUGUGGGGAGCUUACUUUGAUGGCGCUAUGCUAAUAAAAGUUAGGUGUAGGGACUGUGUGUCCAGGAGAUCCAGCCACGUGAACCAACAGAAAGGAAAUGUAGUUGAGAAAUGAAAAGUAAUUUGUUAUCCUGGCACUUGGGUUUGAUUUUCUUUUUUUAAGCACUGCAAAAUUUGUUUAGAAUAUUAAUUGGGCUAUUUUUUUUCAACUAUGAUAUGAAUUGAGGGAUAAAAAUGGCUCUUGGAAAACUAGGUCUGUGUAAUCAACGCUUAGUCACAUUCAUGCCAAAGUGUUCAUUCCUUAAAAUGGUUCUACAACACUGAAGAAUCAAGUUGGAAUGCAAGGAACUUUUUUGUUUUGAUGGAGAUAACCAGUGUAU